ACGCACACUCCACCUCGCACCUCGCACACGCACCGCACUUUUCCGAUCUGGAUGCCGGAGAUGGACCAGAUCGUCCCCGUCCCUCGCGAGGACGAAGACGAGGAUGACGGCGCCGAAGAAGAAGCUACAGAAAAAGUCGGCACCGAAUGCAAACCCGGCGCCGACUCCGAAGAAGGGGAGGAUGAGAAGGUUUUGAAGUUUCUCGACUCUUUCGACGCAUAUCUCGUUCUCAUCGAUUCCCUCUCUUCCGCUCUUCGCCAGGGAUGGCUGGAACUGGCCUGUGCUCGCCAUUCUAUGGGUUCGUCACGCAUUUCGAGCGCAUUAUUUGAUCAUAAAGUACGAUCUGCUGCCACCACCCUAAAAGUAACCGAUUCACUCGAUAGUUCUCUUUCAGAACCAAAUCCACAUUUUACUCUUUCUAAAUGGGGUACGCAAGAAGAUAGGUGUUCUUCUGAGGAGAUAGAGCUAGAUUCAAUGCAAAAGAAGUCUAAUCAGUCGCAACUAAGGCAUCGGGCAGCAUCCAAUAUCUUGGGUGAAAGGGAGGAAUCUAACUCGUCUGGAAACGGACCUCAACUUUCUUUUUCCAAAGAUGUCCAGAAAGAGAGGGCUAAAUCCCUAGCAGUAUUUGGAACAUUGGUUUCUCCAAAACUUCGCACAGCUCAAUCUUCAUUUGAGACAGCAUUGGAAAGGAUAGUAGAGAUGGCAAAUGCGAGAUCAGCUAUGCUCUCUGCUUUCACUCAAUUGCAACUAGAAGUGAAGGGUUCUGAAGAUACUACUCGAGAAGAUACUGUUUAAACAUUUUUGUCCACAUUUGAAUUAAAAGAAUCAUACACACAUUGCUAAGUAAAUUUGUUGUUGAUGUAACUUCACUACCCUCAUCCGAAGCCUCUCUAUCAUUGAUCACUUUGUUCGAUAAGAUGAUUGUAGAGUAUUUAAGCCUCUACCCAAAUCUAUUUAGGAAUCCUUCGUUGUAUUUUUCAGUUCGUAGAGAGUUGCAGAUAAAGAGUUGUAAGUUUGUGUCCAUUUGACUCUGCUUCUGAAAUAUGCAGAAGUUCUGCAUUUGGCAAACAGAAUAAUUGGAUUCUCUUCUGGACGUCAUUAACAUUGGCAGAUUUAGUUGUUGAGGGUUUCUUCAAACAAUGAUGAGCUAUGAUGUCAAGUUGCCGAUGUGCCCUGAAGAUCA